CUGCGGGGAUGUAUUUGGAACAUUAUCUGGACAGUAUUGAAAACCUCCCCUUUGAGCUGCAGAGAAACUUUCAGCUCAUGAGGGACCUGGACCAAAGAACAGAGGAAGCACUAGAUACCAUCUGUGGCCUUCCUUGGAAGUUGAACAAGUUGAGGCAUUCACUUGGACCCUGAGGCUAUACUGCAGUGGUCAGACCUGAAGGCUGAAAUUGACAAGUUGGCCACUGAGUAUAUGAGUAGCGCCCGCAACCUGAGCUCCGAGGAAAAAUUGGCCCUUCUCAAACAGAUCCAGGAAGCCUAUGGCAAGUGCAAGGAAUUUGGUGACGACAAGGUGCAGCUUGCCAUGCAGACCUAUGAGAUGGUGGACAAACACAUUCGGCGACUGGACACAGACCUGGCUCGUUUUGAGGCUGAUUUGAAGGAGAAACAGAUUGAGUCAAGUGACUAUGACAGCUCUUCCAGCAAAGGCAAAAAGAAAGGCCGGACUCAAAAGGAGAAAAAAGCUGCCCGUGCUCGUUCUAAAGGGAAAAACUCAGAUGAAGAAGCCCCCAAGGCUGCCCAGAAGAAGUUAAAACUUGUACGCCCAAGUCCUGAGUAUGGAAUGCCCUCAGUGACCUUUGGCAGUGUCCAUCCCUCUGAUGUGUUGGAUAUGCCUGUGGAUCCCAACGAACCCACCUAUUGCCUUUGUCACCAGGUCUCCUAUGGAGAGAUGAUUGGCUGUGACAAUCCUGAUUGUUCCAUUGAGUGGUUCCACUUUGCCUGUGUGGGGCUGACAACCAAGCCUCGAGGGAAAUGGUUUUGCCCACGCUGCUCCCAAGAACGGAAGAAGAAAUAGAUAAGGGCCUUGGAUUCUGACACAGUUUCUUCCACAUCCCCUGACCUGGGCUAGUGGGGAGAGGAAUGCCUGUGCUGGGGCCAGGGUGUUCAGGGAGAAGUGGAUGGCACAGUGUUGUCAUCCUUUCUCCUCCCCUGUCCUCACUACUGGUGCUGAGGCUGCAUCCAAAUCCUGGUAGAGAGGGGUGCCGUAGCCACUAGGGUAUAUGCUCUCAUUCAGCCCACUCCUUUCAGAAGGAAGUGGUCUUGCCCACUGUCCUUUGCCUCCAUGCUGAGGUUGGUGCUGUAUUUCCAAGGGACAGUCCUCUUUACUCCCCUUGCUUUGUAUUUAAGGACUGGGGCAGUAUCGUGGGGGUAUUCCCCCAACCCUCCUUAGUCCCUCCACCCUAUGAGGGGCUAUGGUGUAAUACACUUUCAUUGUUCUCUUCCUGCUUUUUCCAUAGUGGGGGCUCCCCAAGCUUAUCUGGGCUGUAGCCCUAGUUGAAGGGCCACCCCUUCCUAUGUGCCGAGAGGCUUCGUCCUGGCCUUGUGAAUGGGAAAGGGGGCAAGGUGGGAUCAGAUAAGCCACAUGUAAAGGAACUUGGAUAGGUGAAUAAAAGCUAUACCUAUUGGCCUGUUGUGUUUUUUAUAGAAACACCAUUUUAGUACUUGUGCUAAGCAUUUUUUUCUUUUGUUUUUGCAUUCUCUGAGUUGGAUAAGAGGCAAGAGGAUGACAUGCAAAAAGUAAAACAAGACAUGGAACCAGAGGUGCACCAGAAUCCACAACUUCUCCACUGGGAAAGACAAAGCUGGUUUUGGCUGGGGAGGAGGAUACCUCAGACCAGGGGUUUCCACUGGCAAACCAUUUCCCUAGACUGAGCUGUGUUUACACCUGAGCUCCCUGUACCUGACCCCUACUCUUUGUUUCACCUUUUGGCUUAUUUCUUACCUGGAGGAUUCCUCUCUGGUUUCUACCUAGGUAGGCCCUGACUUUGUUUUGUAUAUUCCAUAUCUGCUGCCUGAGAACCCUACCUAUACUCACUUAGGCCUAUCUAUGGGC